AUGGAACACAAAGCUUGGUGGAAACGUGGCAAUCAGCUGCUAGAACUCGAAGAAUUGCGGUUGCAUGCAUACGAGUCAUUCAGGACUUACAAAGAUAAGGUGAAGUUUUAUCAUGUCAAGAAGCUUAUGAAGAGAACUUUCCAUCCAGGAGAUUUGGUUCUCUUAUUCAACUCGUGGCUAAAGUUAUUCCCAGGGAAGCUGAAGUCAAAAUGGUCGGGACCUUUUAUGGUGAAACGUGUAUUCCAGAGUGGAGCAGUGGAAUUAGAAUCUUCAAUCGAAGAUGAUCAGCAACGGAGAUGGAUCGUGAAUGGCCAAAGACUCAAACACUAUGUAGGAGGAGACGUAGAGCAACUUGCCUCAGUCAUGAUGUUGGUAGAUCCCUGA